AUGUGUGUUAAAAAGGUUGCAUGCACAGGUAGUUACGGAUUCGAACUGGAUAAAGCUGUGGCUUUUAAGAAGCUGAGGAAUCCAUUCGUCAUCAACGAUCUGGAUCUUCAGUAUUUUAUUCAGGACAGGAGGGAGGUGUAUCAGAUACUGAAGGCCGAGGGAAUACAGCUCCCCCGCUUUGCGGUUCUGAACAGAGAUCCUGCCAGACCAGAAGAAUGUAAUCUGGUGGAGGGAGAGGACCAUGUGGAGGUGAAUGGAGAGAUUUUCCAGAAGCCCUUCGUAGAGAAGCCUGUGAGUGCUGAGGACCACAAUGUCUACAUCUACUACCCCACAUCUGCAGGAGGAGGCAGUCAGCGGCUCUUCCGCAAGGUGUAUACUGUAGGUCCUGACUAUGCCCAUGCAGAGGCCCGUAAAUCUCCCGCUCUGGAUGGGAAGGUGGAACGAGACAGUGAGGGGAAAGAGGUCCGUUACCCAGUCAUCCUCAAUGCCAGAGAGAAACUCAUCGCAUGGAAAGUCUGUUCGGCUUUCAAGCAAACCGUGUGUGGGUUCGACCUGCUCCGUGCCAGUGGCCAGUCAUACGUCUGUGACGUCAAUGGCUUCAGCUUCGUCAAGAACUCCAUGAAAUACUACGAUGACUGUGCAAAAAUCCUGGGGAAUAUCAUCAUGAGAGAACUGGCUCCACAGUUUCAGAUCCCAUGGUCGAUCCCUUUAGAAGCAGAGGACAUUCCCAUAGUUCCCACAACCUCUGGCACUAUGAUGGAGUUGAGGUGUGUGAUUGCUGUGAUUCGACAUGGUGACAGAACCCCGAAACAGAAGAUGAAGAUGGAAGUUAGACAUCAGCGGUUUUUUUACCUUUUUGAAAAAUGUGGAGGUUACAAAAGUGGAAAACUGAAAUUAAAAAAACCAAAGCAACUCCAAGAGGUGCUGGACAUUGCCAGGCAGCUGUUGCUAGAACUCGGCCAAAAUAACGAUUCAGAAAUUGAGGAGAGCAAAGCAAAGCUUGAACAGCUGAAAACAGUUCUUGAAAUGUACGGUCAUUUCUCUGGCAUUAAUCGCAAGGUUCAGUUAAUAUAUCUGCCACAUGGCUGCCCUAAAACAUCUAGUGAAGAGGAAGACGUGCGGAGGGACGACCCGUCGCUCUUGCUGGUUUUGAAGUGGGGUGGAGAGCUGACUCCAGCAGGCAGGGUUCAGGCUGAAGAGCUUGGCCGGGCCUUCAGGUGUAUGUACCCUGGAGGACAAGGCGAUUACGCUGGAUUUCCCGGCUGUGGCCUCCUCCGUCUGCACAGCACAUACAGGCAUGACCUGAAGAUAUACGCCUCUGAUGAAGGACGCGUUCAGAUGACUGCUGCAGCGUUUGCUAAAGGCCUGCUGGCAUUAGAGGGCGAGCUGACACCCAUCCUGGUGCAGAUGGUAAAGAGUGCGAAUAUGAAUGGGCUGCUGGACAGUGACAGUGACUCCUUAAGCAGCUGCCAGCAGAAAGUCAAAGCACGACUUCAUGAGAUUCUGCAGAAGGACAGAGACUUCACGCCAGAAGACUAUGAGAAGCUGGCGCCCACCUCCAGCACAUCUCUGGUGAAGUCCAUGCAGAUGAUUAAAAUCCCCGUGAAGACGUGUGAUAAGGUGUACUCCCUCAUCCAGAACCUGACGCUGCAGAUCCGCCAGAGAAUGGAAGACCCCAAAUCAGCAGGUAGACAUGAUGAUAUCCAGUUGUACCACAGUGAGACUCUAGAGCUGAUGCUGCGUCGGUGGUCUAAACUCGAGAAGGAUUUCAAGAUGAAGAACGGCCGAUACAACAUCAGCAAGAUCCCUGAUAUCUAUGACUGCAUCAAAUAUGACGUGCAGCACAACAGCUUAUUAAAGCUGGACAACACUAUGGAAAUUUACCGGCUGUCCAAAGCACUGGCUGACAUCGUCAUCCCACAGGAAUAUGGUAUUUCUCAAGCUGAGAAACUGGACAUAGCCAAAGGUUACUGUACACCUCUUAUUCGCAAGAUCCGCUCUGACCUACAGAGGACGCAAGACGAUGACACUGUUAAUAAACUGCAUCCAGUAUAUUCCAGAGGAGUCAUGUCUCCAGAACGCCAUGUGCGGACCAGACUUUACUUCACCAGUGAGAGUCACGUUCACUCGCUGCUGUCUGUCUUGCGCUAUGGAGCCCUCUGUGAUGAGGCCAAAGAUGAGCAGUGGAAGAGAGCCAUGGACUACCUCAAAAUAGUCAGCGAGCUGAACUAUAUGACGCAGAUAGUCAUCAUGCUCUAUGAAGACCCAAACAAGGAUCCUUCGUCAGAGGACCGUUUCCAUGUGGAGCUUCAUUUCAGUCCAGGAGCUAAAGGCUGUGAAGAAGAUAAAAACCUGCCAUCUGGAUUUGGAUAUAGACCAGCAUCCAGAGAGAAUGAAGGCUCCAAGAAGAAACCCCAUAAUGACAAUGAUGAGGAGGCUGGUGGUGCUAAACGUGACGAGCCGGAUCGAGCUCAUAUGAUGUUCCGCCCCAUGGUGUCCGAUCCCAUCUACAUCCACAGGAAGUCCCCUCUUCCCCGCUCCAAAAAGAUCGGCUCUGUGGAAUCCCCAUUGCAGAAAGACUUUCUCAAGACGCCUGCUGGCAAAGAAGAGAGCCCCCUGAGUGUGUCUAGCCCUGACUCUAUAGGUACCUGGAUUCAUUACACCUGUGGUGUGGGUACUGGGCGUCGAAGACGCAGAUCAGGGGACCAAAUAACUUCCUCCCCAGUCUCCCCCAAAUCACUGGCUUUCACAUCCAGUAUUUUUGGCUCAUGGCAACAGGUUCUGUCAGAGAACAACAGCCACAGCAGACCCAGCAGACUGCACCCGGAUCUCAAGCUCACACCUGGAAUAGGGUCUCAUUGCGCUGGCUUGUUUAGCACCAUGGUGCUGGGUGGCUCCUCCAGUGCACCUAACCUACAAGAUUACGCUCACGCACACCGUAAAAACCUGACCUCCUCUGGCUUCUUAGAUGUGUUUUCCAGUAUGUUCAGUGGUUUUGAGUUGUACUCCAUGGUUCCUUCAAUCUGUCCCUUGGAGACCCUCCAUAAUUCCAUGUCUCUCAAACAAGUGGAUGACUUCCUCGCCUCCAUAGCCAUAUCUCAUGAUCCAGUACUGGAAAUAUCUGCAUCCUCCCCAGCUGUGCCCACCAAGAAGGCUCCUUUGAACACUUACACUCCAGCAAAAGUUUUGCCCUGUCCAUUCACCCAAUCUCUUGGCAAGAAGAUGUGCUCAUCAGAGAAGAGUGCAUCAGAUCAUGAUGAUUUUCCAGCCAGAAAACCCAGAGGUGUUUCAGCAGAUGUUUCAGAGUGUGGUGCGAGUAGCGGCAAAACCUCACAGCCAAGCUCAGAGACCAAGCAGCCCAAGCCUGCUCCCAACAUUUCCAUCCUUCUGCCACCUGAAUCUCAUGACUCUGCCGUUAAAACCCAACAACAAUCCAGUGGCACAGCAACACAUGAAACCCCUGCUCUAGAAAAUAAGAGUGCUACGACAACCGUGUCAGGCUUUUACACAUGACAUCCAUCUACAAACCCCCAACCAGGGCAAAAACACGGCUAUCAAAGUUGACCACAUGCCAACUUGCCAAGCACAUGGACAACUGAUGCAUAUGUUAACUGGACCCAGUGAACUAAAACUCACAGAGCAUGUUACAGGCCUCACCUCAUUACUUUUAGUGACAAGAAUUUGUCAUAAUUAGCUGUGCCUUUAUUUUCAUUUAAAGGAACAUCUCACUGAAUGUUUGAUACCAAAACA